AUGGCCCCUUGGGUAACCAUCGUCAACGUAAAGGUCAUGUGCGCCAUCAAGGAACCUAAUUGCCGUGCCGGUACUGGGGGAGGACUCACCCAAGCAAUCAGUGACAUAACAUCAGAGCAUAAAAAUUUCAAGAACGGCAACGACGAGUCCAUGCCGGGCUGGAAAGAUUCUGUCAUCAACUUGUCGUUGACGAUAGAGGACUCGGAAGCCCUAAGACGCGCCAUGAAGGAAGCGUUCGACGCGGGUAUUCCCAUUGCCGUUGGGGCCGGCAAUUCCCAUGAAAGUACGGCUCACACCGUACCAUGCAUAUAUACCGAAUCAAGCGUUUGUGUCGCAUCUUUAGACAUCGACUACAAGCUUUCCAAAUCCAACAACUACGGCCAAGCAGUCAAGAUAAUUGCGCCUGGUACCACGAUUACUUCUUCCUCUUACAAGGGGGACAGAAAAUACGCAUGGAUGUCCGGUACCAGCAUGGCCUGCCCCUGUGUGGCCGGAGCCAUGGCCAUCUACGUGUCCUACGAGAGGCUCAACUACGAAGUGAACAGGGUCUGGGACCGCCUUGUCAAGAACCAGCUGAUGGGGAUCAUCUCCAACUCCGACCCCAACACCGUCGUCGUCGUCACCGACGUGUACGUCGUUCCCAUACAGACGGAAGGCCCCAACCCCGACACCGAUGAGAACGCCGGCUUCGGGGGCGAAGAUAUCAGUAUCGACGGCUCUCCCCCGGCUCCACCUUAUACGCUCCAGGGAGACAAGCAGUGCGUGAUUUGGAAGAUUGAGAUUGUCAAUGUUGGGACGCAGACGAGAAGAAGGGGCCGAAGCGUCACACCAUGGUGGCUCGGGAGUUUGAGAGCCUUCUCACCCAACGUCGAGUAUAAAUAUAGAUCACGAUUCAAGACCAUAUUCACUUCUUUUCUCGACCUCCACAUGCUCAGUAUUCUGGACCUCCUCAUCCUUGCCCAUAGCUUGCGUUGCCGAGGACUCUUCUUUGAAUCUCUCGGCGAUUUCCGAGUGACUGCUCCUUUAUUUCCGGAUACAGAAGUAAAUGACAAUAGAGAUGCAGGCGUUCAUAUAGCAAAAUAG